AUGGCGAUGGCCGGUGUUGGUUCUACGCCAUCGUAUACUGUCCAGGAAGCGACAAGACAGUCAACACGAGCCUGGCGUAAUGACCUCACUAACCUCUUUCACCAAGCAAAGGAUCGAUUUGCAGAUGUUGUUUGGGAACUCCACUCCGACGAUAAUAACGAUGAUCACGAUGAACUAUCGUGUAUGCACGCGCCCCCGCCUUCCUUCCAGCAACGCUACUUUCAAUUCCGUCCCCCUCCCAUCGCUUCCCCGACUCCCUACUCUACCAGUCCCUCUCCAGCGCCAGCACAGUCUGCCAUGUCCUUGAGUCUCACCCUGGACUACGCUCAGACAUCUCGUUCUCCAUCUCCGUACCGUUCAUCAUCCCCUUCACCCUCCACCAACCUCAACACCGUCAUGCGCAUACCAGCUAUUAGUAGCACAACGCUGUUUUCCAAUGAGUUGGAAUAUUUGUACACAGGCGAGGGACUUGGCGAGGCAUUUGAAUUUCUCUUUGAUACCUCAGAGUCGCGCGAGCUUGUUGAUGCAGAGGAGAACCGCGUUGACAAGCUGCGCAAAGACCUCGUGUUUAUGUGGCGAUCUCGUCUCUAUUCUGACGUACGUAUCGCUCUAUCUGGCACCUUUUCCUCGACAAAUCACGAGCCAGCAACCGCUAUUUUUUCUUCCCACCGCUUCAUUCUCGUGUCUCGCUCCCCCUACUUCCAUGCGCAGCUCUUGAACUGGGCCCAGCCCGCAAAGCCUGGCGAACCAAUCACAGUCACGCUCCCCUCGCCUCCUUUUACCCCCGCCUCGCUCCAUUUUACUCUGGGGUACAUCUACACCGGAACCCUCGUGUUCUCCCACCGGACAUACGACCUGGACACCGCGUUCGCGAUCCUUAAGUCGGCGACCUACCUAUCUUUGGACGGGCUGGUCGCUGAAAUACAGGCCCGGAUCGUGUACGAGAUGAUUCAUGGGCUGUUUCAUGCGUCUCUCGAAUUCAACGAGUAUGAGCGCAUCACAGGGUCCAAGUGGGGUACUGGCGGGUGUCGGUGCCGACAGUGCGCUCGGCGAGCCCCACGUGUGCUCGAAUUUGCGCUUGCAGACGAUGUCAAGAACACUUACUUGGAACGGGGCGCGCGACGGGCACUCGUAGGCCUGUUCGGGGAAGGCUGGUGCAUCUCUGAAUUCGCAUCGCUCCCGCAGAAGAUCAGAGAAAAUCUGCUAAAGGGUCUAGCAAAGCGGACGACGCCGAUGAACGUAUUUCCCCUAUUAUUCGCCGCGCAGCACGCGAUAAAAAAGCUUGACUCUGUCAUUGAUGCCUGGGCAGACACGUCGCGGGAGAUGGUGCUACAGGCGCGGAAAGCGAUCGAUGAAUGUCUUGUGAGUCAGAGUGCCGAGUGUUUCGAACAGGAUGAUUGGCUACAGAUUAUGGAGGCUGAUGGCGAGAGGUUUGAUGAUAGCGAGAGGGUUGCCUGGAGCCUUGUGAAUAUCCUCCUACGACCACACCCGACAGAUGAAGACGCUGCCAUGCUCUCCGCCACCUCGCACAUCCGCGUGCAAGUUGAAGACGCUCGUGCGGAUCUCAUUCGGUACAUCCGAAAGCGGUGGACGGGCACGCGUCAGCAGGGUGGUUUCGAUGGCCUCGAGGGCUGGGCCAUUAAAGAGAUCUCUCAGGAACUGGAAGUCUCUGUUGAGGACCUCAUAUCACCCGCUCAGCCCUCGCACCUCCGGCGCACUGCCUUCCGCAAGUCAUCUGCAACUGGAGAUGCAGACUCUGAUGCACUUAGUGUGCAUUCGCUGCGCGCGUCUGUGCUGAGCCGUAAUAUCAACAGCCCUCACAAACAUGCCCGUGAGGUUACAAUGACAUCAUCCACGGCAAGCGUGCGCACCAUUGGGCGUUCGUCUCCACGCAAUGCUACGACUCCCAAGCCUAACGAUGUACGCCCUGACUCUAAGCUCACACCUGACUCGCAGAGCAUCACAUCCGUGCGAUCGAGUACGACAGAGAAGGCUAUGCAACGCAAGACACCCUCGCCUCGUACAGGCAAUGUCAGUCCUACGCCAAAUGGGACCAAGCCCGCGCUGAGUAAAAUCAUCACUUCUUGUUCACCUUCCCCGAAGCCAAAAUCCAUUGCACCCUCGGUGCGUUCACGUGUUUCCACCGUUCGUUCCUCCACAAGAGAAUCCACACUCCGUAUUCCAUCUGCUCCCCGCCCGAAUUCGGGUUUGUCGAGUGCGAUAAGCGACGCUACGUUCAGGACUGCUCAUUCUGAAAUGCUCACGCCCCGUUCAAGGAAGGGGUCUGGAGGAUCCACUGUAUCAAAUGCGAGCGCAAGGACGGUUGGGACGAACAGAGGCACUCCUGUGAGAGAAAGAUUGUCAUCUACUGCAUCCACUUCAACGACAACCACUUCCGUCGCCACACGAACAUCCCGUACACCUGCCAAAACCACUACCCCCUCACAAAGGAAGCCGCUCAGCAGAGUCAUCGAGAACCACUCUCAAAAAUCGCCUCGCAUUACACUUAGCGACCUGGACAAAGGCAAGGAUCGCGAGAUCACCAGCCUCAAUGAUGAUGAUACCAACUCUCCGACGCAAGAUGGGGCCUCUCCUGCAGCAGACUCUCCUCCUUCACUCACCCGCCGCGGGUCAUCAGACACGAUCACCACAAGCGUACGGACUCCCGAACAAUCAUCUGCCUCCCCGGAGGAGGCGAACGUUUUAGUUCAGCUUCGCGGCGCGACGCUCGAUGUUGGCAUUCCGUGCAUAGUGUCAUCGAAGCGCAAGCGUUUCAAGGCAUUUGCACGGUACAUCGGCGAAGUUGAGGGUGAGCUCGGACCCUGGGUCGGCAUCGAAGUACCACUGGAGGCCUGGGUUGGUGACCCCUCAGAUGGCCGUCAGUGGAACGAUGGGUCCUGGGGCGGCAUCCGUUAUUUCGAUAUUGGGAGUAAUGGGUCAGAGUGGGAGUUUGGCGCAGACGAUUAUCAGACGCAGAGACGGCGGAAGAUGGACUGGAUGAACGGAUCAGGGAGGGAUAAUCGCGGGCUAAAACGAGAAGGAGACCAGUUGACGGUAGGAAUGGACCGCACGAAGCGGAUGCGAAGUUCGUCGCCUGCAGCAUCGGACCUGUCAACAUCUGAGUCCAGGGGACUGUUUGUCCGACCACAGCAAGUCCUAUACGUCGUAGACGCUGUCGGUGCUGAUCUCUGAUGAAAUGGGACUGUUGAUUUUUCUUUUCCCUUUUGUGGUUUUUUUUUUGAUACCACCGUGAUUUUGCUUUCAAGUCGACAUGUUUUGAUUUUGCACUUUCACGUUACACACGAUCCUUGCAUUGGUAUACCGAACAAUCAAACCACUCUCGCGCUUCCCCUUACUCUUUUGCAUACAUUACUGAUAACCAUACACUAACUUUUUUUUUUACCGUCGGCAGAUUAUUGAUUAGUAUGGGAUAGGUAUACGUGAGCACAACUCGUGCUGGAAAUGUCAAGGUUUUUGUAGGAUUCCGU